CCCCAUCCGCAGCAAUGGUCCCGCUCCAGCAGAGACGCAAACCACCGUCUGUCAGGUAACGUCUCGCGGUCGUCGCGGCAGAUGUCCUCUGAUGCGCGGGACUGGGCGCGCACCCAGUGGGAUACGUACCUCAAAUGGAGCCAAAACUUGAUUGCGACGUUCUGGAAGCUCUCGCCGCUGUACCGCGCCAUGGUGAUGCUCGUCAUCCUCAUCGGCUGGACGUUCAUCAUCCUCUCCGUGCUAUACUCGGAGGCCUUCUUCCGAUGGCUGGCGACGGUGUCCAAGACCUGGCGCGAGAUCCCCGGCGGCUGGCUCAUUGCCUUUAUGCUCAUCUUCGUCACGUCGGUGCCCCCCAUUGUAGGCUACUCGACGGCAAACACCAUUACGGGCUUCGUCUACGGGUUCCCCUUGGGUUGGCCUAUUGCUGCCUCGGCAUGCGUUGUCGGUAGCUUGGCUGCCUUUAUGGCCUGCCGGACGGUGCUGAGCGGCCAGGUUAACAGGCUGAUUGGCAGCGAUCACCGCUUCGUCGCGCUGGGCCAGGUCCUGCGCCGGGAUGGGAUUCUCUACUUGACGGGCAUUAGGUUCUGUCCUCUGCCCUUUAGCUUGAGCAAUGGCUUCCUUGCUACCAUUCCGAGCAUAUCGCCUCUCGCCUUUGUUAUUUCUACGGCGCUGUCCACACCCAAGCUUCUCAUCCACGUCUUCAUCGGCAGCCGCCUCGCCAUCAUCGCUGAAGCAGGCGACUCCAUGACCACCCGCGAUAAAAUGGUCAACUACGCUAGCAUGAUCAUCGGCGGGGCGAUCGGCGCAGCUGCCGGCAUCAUCAUCUACCGCCGCACCAUGGCCCGUGCCGCCGAGCUCGCCCUCGAGGAAGCCACCGUCACCAUCGCCGCCGAAGAGGGCGAGGGCGGCUACGAGGACACCGUCGACACGCUCCUAGAUCCCGAGGAUGCAGCUCAUGCUAUGGGCGACGAUGAUGUUUCUCUGUGGGACACGCAGGUGGAUGAUGGCUGGGGUGAUGCGUAUGAUGAUGAG